AAGUUCUCUGCAUUUGCGUAACAUAAAUAACCCUAACGACAAAAUCUCUAUUUUAUUUUAUUUAAAUUUAAGUUUUUGUCGUUGAAAUUCAUGUUAUUAUUUUCAAAUAAUAAUAAACAUUUUUCUAAUUCAUUAUUUAUUUAAAAUUUAUUGCCAUCCAUUAAAAUUAAAAAGAAGCUUUGCUGUCAAACAAACAAAGCAAAACUUUGAAACAGCUGAUAGUUGAAGUUGAUAUUAGGAUUUUUACUAGUCGAUUAGUAAAUUAGUUGAAUAAUAUUUAUAAGUUAAUUAGCUAUUUUGGUUAGUUGCCAUUGCUGAAGCAAAAUGGCCUUGUCAUCGGCCAGUAAUUCUUCAUCGAAACAGCAGUUCAGUGACGAUGAUUUUGUGGCCAUUGAUGAGGAGGAAGAUGACGAAGAUGAGAACAUGGUUGUCUUCAAGAGGUCCACCAUGCUUGCUGCUUCAAGUUCUGACAACACUUCAGCAGCUGCUACUGCUACUGAUCCUUCACUUCUUAGCCUAAAAAAUGCAGAAAUAUCCCUGCUUAAUUUUGAGAAGUACCAGCUGUUGGCCAAGAUAUCCUUUCUAGAAGAGGAGUUGACUAAUUUGAAGAACUUGAGCCAGAGGUGCAGUGCAUGUAGUAAAGAUUUGCGUGAGGUCAGGAAGGAAGAUGUUCCAAUGAGUGCGAGCGAUCCAACCGACAAUUCUGUCAAUGUAGUUAACAUCAAUGCUUCUGCUUCCACAAACAUCAAUAAUAACAACAACAACAUAUCUGAUAACAAUAACAUGGAUGACAAUAAUGAUAUCACCAUCUAUAAUGAUUACAUUAACAUCAACAGCAACAACGAUGAGGACAUGAAAGCUGAGGUGUCAGUAAAAUCACAAACCGUAUCGAGGAGUGCCAGUCAGAGUUUCAUCAUACUUUCAGACUCCAGCAAAGAAACUGAUUUCUGCAGCAUCGACGUCGACUUUGAUAAAAAAUUUGACAAAAUCACCCAAACGGAUGAUAAAUUGCCUGUCAAAAUUUCGAAAAACAAAGCUACUCAAACUCGAUUCGAGAAGCACGCAAAGUCACUUUCAAAGAUGAGAACAGACGCACAUGGUAACCAAGAAAAUGCUGGAAACAUUCCAGUCGAUGGAAAGAAACUUCCUUACAAAACCAGAUUCAAUCUUUCAAAUGCUAUUGGCUGGCCUAAUGCCUUUAGGGAGGUGGGGCUGAACAUGAUAUGCCACCUGAAGCAAACGAUGGACCCAUUCAACAUUGGUAUGUCUAUAGAUAAUGACAACAACCAUCUGCCGUACAAAGAUUAUGACAUCAAUAGCAACGCGACGACGUCUAGCGCCACGCCAGCCGCGACGAUGACCGCGUGCCCUUACUGCCGGGAGAGGCUGGACAACGCUUCCAUGCAACGACACAUACAGUCCAUGUGUGGAGUUCUCGAAAUUUGAACUUUGAACUUGCGAACCGUGUACUUUGUGUGUAGUAUGAUCUGUGCGAAUUAACUAUGUCGUUCUUUUUAAAGGAUUAGAUGAUUAAAUGAUUAUAAAUAAUGAUAGAGAGGAGUUAUAUCACGUAAAUAAAGUGACACAUAUAAGAUAUAUUUGAUACAUAUAUGAUACAUGUAUCAUGAAUCAUACAUUGUACAUAUGCAUAUAUACAGUUGUUCAUUGAUUGCAUGCCAAGAAGACAUUGAUAUCAUUGGCAGGACAUAUUUAUUUUAUUUCCAUAUAUAUUUUUCAUACAUUGUUUGGGAAUUGAACUAUAGUAAUCUUCCAUUAUUAUGUAGAUAAUCGUGACGCACACACACAGGUACUCACACACUCACUCUCACACACACAUGCACACAUACAUGCACACGUACAUAACUGCAUAUUUUUAAGUAUUUACGACACGAAUUACUUCAUUUUUAUUAUAUCAGUUCAUUGUUCAUUUCAGAUCAUUUCAAAAACUUUUUAUUUUCUGCUUGUCUUAUGAUUAAUAAUAUGAUUAAUUUGCUUAUUGUUUGUUAUCACACACUUACACACACACACACACACACACACAACACGCACUUAAAAAUGUAUAAACUUAUUUACAUAUUAUUGUAUAAACAGAUACAUAUGCGUGUAUGUAUGUUUAAAUAUACGUGUGUGCCAAUGUAUGUAUGUAUGUAUGCGUGUUUGUUUGUGUGUGUGUGUGGGUGUGUGUGUAUGUGUAUGAUGACGCAACGACACUAUUUAAUCGGUGAACUCAGUACUAGAAAAUUUUUUGAUCUAAAUUUUAUUUUCAACUAUGCUCUAUAGCUCAAUGGCACUUGUCUGAACACUGUUGUUAUUGUUCUAGUUUGAAGUUCUUUUUUUAUUUUUGCAAUAAUAAUUAUAUUUAUUAU